CAAUUAGCCAAAGCAAUUUCUCCAGGCUUCGACGGCGCUCCGCUUCUCUUCCCCCCAUUCCGCACCAACUUCCUUUCCACGCCAGGGCCCGAGCUCCGUGCUAGGGUUUCCUCUCCCGCCGCCGCCGCCGCCACCGCCGCCGGUGGAGGAGGAGCUGAGCGACUAGCGCCGGGAGGGGACCAUGGGGACGCCGGAGACGUCGCGCGAGCCGUGCCCGGACCGGAUCCUGGACGACGUGGGCGGCGCGUUCGGGAUGGGCGCCGUCGGCGGCUCCGUCUUCCACUUCCUCAAGGGCGCCUACAACACCCCCAACGGGAUGCGCCUGUCGGGCGGCGCGCAGGCCGUGCGCAUGAACGCGCCGCGGGUGGGGGGCAGCUUCGCCGUCUGGGGCGGCCUCUUCUCCACCUUCGACUGCGCCAUGGUCUACGCGCGCCAGAAGGAGGACCCCUGGAACUCCAUCGUAGCUGGCGCCGCCACGGGCGGCUUUCUAUCCAUGCGCCAGGGCGCGGGGGCCGCGGGGCGGUCGGCGCUCAUGGGCGGGAUCCUCCUUGCCCUCAUCGAGGGCGCCGGGCUCAUGCUCAACCGCGUCCUGGUAAACCCGCCGCUGCCCGCCGAGGAUCCCAACCUCACCGCGGCCAUGGGUCCCGGAGGGUUCCCGGGCCUCCCGCAGGCGCCGCUGGUCGUGGCGCCUCCUGAGGCCGCGAGCUCCGGCGGUGCGGGUGGCUGGUUUGGGGGGCUGUUCGGCAAGAAGGAGGAGGAGAAGGCCAGCUCGAGCGGGGGCAAGUCGGAGAUCCUGGAGAGCUUCGACACACCGAGCACCCCGAUACCAUCAUUCGAGUAUAAGUGAGGAAAAAGGUUUGCUGAUGGAACUGUUGCUUACCUGGUCUUGGAACGUGGUGAUUGGAAUUGGAGAUGCAGAUCAGCAAUACAAUAACCGUGAGGACAAGUGAUUCACUUGCUCGAUAACUUAUUCCCGCCUUUGCCCCUCUGCUUUGACGGCUCAUAUCUAUGCGUCCCUGCUUGUGUAUGUGGCAGAUUGGCUACUUUUUGAAAUGCGCCUUCUGAACGUGGCAGAUUGGCUACUUUUUGAAAUGAUGUAGUAGUAGCAGAACAAGCAGAAGCAGUUGUGUACUGCCUAUAUGAUAGCAUUUGUGUCGUGUGCAAUGUAUUGCACUCGAGAAAACCCGUGUUCUAUAUCUUAUGCUGGCCUGUGAAGGGACAGUAAUUUUUUAGUUCGAAGUUGAGCUGUUCCACCGCA